CCAAAAACAACAGAAGUAGAGAUUUUUUUCGGUUAGGUGUUAAAUGCGUUUACAUAUCUCUGACGCGGCAAUUGCCGCCUUCUUCAGUGCAGCGAAAUAGAAGUAAAAGUGAAAGUGCCGAGAUUCGCAUUAUUUCUGCGUAGGUGAACACAUUUAUCAGAGCUCUCAGAGAGGGACAGGAGCGCAGCAUGCGCUUGUGGAAAAAUCGAUCAAAAAUGCGAAUAGCCGCAAUUGGCAGGGUGCCCACCAGCACCACCAUUACCAGGAGCACCACCAGAGCAACACAUCGCUUCAAGCAGCUGGCACAGUUACUUAUUGGCGGCAUUCUCUACAUGACAAUUGCAUCGCAUCCACAGAUGAGAGCAGCGGCCACAGCCACCGCCCCAGCCACAGCCGUUGCCACAGCCACAGCCACAGCCAGCGGCAGUUUCGAUGAGAACGGCGUGGACACAUCCUCGUCAGCGGCUCAAGUGUCGUCCUUGCUGCCCGAGGUCGGCGCCCUGUCGGCGACUGGUGUCCUGGUGGAGCCAUAUCUGGAUGGUUAUGCCACAUCGAAUGUGACCACGCAGAUUGGCACCCAUGCCUAUCUGCCCUGUCGGGUUAAACAGCUUGGCAACAAGUCCGUAUCCUGGAUACGUUUACGUGAUGGCCACAUACUCACGGUCGACAGAGCUGUGUUCAUUGCGGAUCAGCGCUUUCUGGCGCUCAAACAGCCAGAUAAAUACUGGACGCUGCAAAUCAAAUAUGUGCAGGCGCGGGAUGCGGGCACCUACGAGUGCCAGGUCUCCACGGAGCCCAAAGUGAGCGCGCGCGUGCAGCUGCAAGUUGUUGUUCCUCGCACCGAAAUACUCGGCGAACCGGAUCGCUAUGUCAAAGCCGGCAGCAAUGUGGUCCUACGCUGCAUUGUGCGCGGCGCCUUGGAGCCGCCAACGUUCAUCAUGUGGUACCAUGGAGCCGAGCAGCUGGCUGCGGAUUCGCGUCGCCAUCGCACGCAAUUGGAUCCGAAUCUGCCAGAGGCCAGCGGUGAGGGUCAGAGCACGAUCGGCUCAUUAAUCAUCGAGUCGGCCAAGAAGCGUGACACAGGCAAUUACACUUGUAGCCCGUCAAACAGUCCCAGUGCGACGGUAACACUCAACAUUAUAAAUGGGGAAUCAUCGGCUUCGGCUGUGACGUCAUCCGCACCCAUCACACGUGCGUACACCCUGGGCAUCCUGGCUUUGCUCCUCAGCGUUAUCCUGAUUGGGGCAGGACAUCGCACAUGACAAGUUGAGGCUGGAAGCAAACAGCAACUGAUUUAAGCUAAAAACGAAAAGUAGCAGCAGCUGCGAGUCGAAGCAAAAAUAAUAAGUGCAGCCAACAAAAAUUAUAAAUUAAUAAAAAGCAAAAUCGAGCAGCAAACGAUGCCAUACAAAAAUAUUUAAAAAAAAAAUAGUGCAUGUUGUAAGCUAGUUGAUUUUAUCUGCUAACUAAUAAAAUAAGCAUUGAAAAAAAAAACACGACCCAGAAAAACUGUGGAGGAAACGAAGUAAACAGGAGUAAAAACAAGAGUGUUUGACAAGCUAAAAGUAUGCAAAUAAAUUGUAAGUACUACAAGCUCUAAGCAACUAGUCGUAAAACCUUAGAGCUA